ACUAAAAAUCUCUGGUUUUUUGGCACACCACAUUUUUUGCUUAAUUCAAAAAGGGCAAUAAAAAUGCAUUCUUUUGGGUACAGAGCUAACGCUUUGCUAACCUUCGCCAUCACCAUUCUCGCGCUAAUGUGCGCCAUCGCCUCUGUCUCGGACAACUUCAAUUCGCCGUCGCCCACUUCACAAGUCCAGGUGUUGAACAUCAAUUGGUUCCAGAAGAAACCCGAUGGUGAUGACGAGGUGAGCCUGACAUUGAAUAUAUCAGCAAACUUAGAGUCGUUGUUCACGUGGAAUACGAAACAGGUCUUCGUCUUUUUAGCCGCCGAGUAUGAAACCCCAAAGAAUAUGCUUAAUCAGGUGUCAUUAUGGGACGGAAUUAUACCUUCGAAAGAACACGCAAAGUUUUGGAUUCACACAACUAACAAAUAUCGUUUCAUUGAUCAAGGAAGCAAUUUACGAGGUAAAGACUUUAACUUAACACUGCAUUGGCAUGUCAUGCCAAAGACCGGCAAGAUGUUCUCCGACAAAAUAGUUAUGAGCGGAUAUCGCUUGCCUCAGUUGUAUAGGUGAAUAUAUUAAAAUAUGGCAUUUGCUGUAACUUUUUAGACACUUUUGAGGAACAAAAUCGAGAAGCAGAGAGGUAGAGUUUAUAUCAGUGUUUGUAAGAAUUCGGUAAUUUAAGAGUUCGGAAAUGGAUUCAUUUGGUUAUCGAGCCUUUUGAAAUUAUUUGAAAAAUAUUCGAACCUU